CGUGUGGGGAAAUAGGGCAUCUAUUCCGUGAUUGUCCCAAAACUUGUACCGCGGGGGGAGGGCCUUUCUGUCUGCGCUGUAGACGCGAUGGCCAUUGGAUGUCCGACUGCAGUCUGCACGGUCCGGCCACGAUGGGCGGUGCGCCCGCGUGCCCCGGUGCCGGACAGAUCCCGAACCAGGGAAACUAAGGGCAGCUGGCGUUGAGGGACAAAUGCCAGCCGGGAUUGUACCAGGGUCCCACAUCGUAGCGUCUGUUGUUGAAAUGGAAUUUGGAGGUAGGCGGGUGUGGGCCCUGGUGGACACCGGUACUGAGUUAUCGAUGAGAGGUGGCAACGGAGGCCUGCGGUCGACAGGGGACGAGGCCUGUCACGAUAAGCCGGCCGUUUUGGCCCCUGCUCUCGGCCAUUGGUUCGGAUCCGUCGCGGCGAGACGGGUGGGGGGCGAGAGUUCUCAGGGUUGUUGUCUUCCCUCGGUGGUUUCAGCGUUCGUGGUGCAUCUGCUGACUUCCGUGCUGUCCUUGUUCUCGUGGGUGUUCAAGGGACGGAAGUCAGCGCCCACCCUGGUUGGGUCAGCUCCCGGUCCGUCGGCGGGUAAGGGGACAUGUCAGGGGUCUGACCCGGUGCAGGGCGGUGCGCCUACACUGGAGACCACUGAUAAGCUCGCUUCUUUUCGGGCUGGGAAAUCUAGCAACAGGGGAGGGGCGGCACUGGUUGUGGGGAGUGGCAGCGUGGGCGCGGAGACCCGCUGCCGGCUCAGUGCGGUGGAGCCUGACCUGAUGAAGGGCGGGUCGCCCCCGAUCAGACGCUUGGGCAGCAAUGCUCUACUUAGGGUUGGAGUACCCGUCACCAGUUCCCGAGCGGGGCCAAAUCAGUUGCCUCCUGUGCUUCGGGCACGGUGGAGACGACAGCGCCGCCGACGCCGUCGUCGUCCCCCUCGUGGUCUGAAUGAUAACAGCGCUGAGAAAGUGUUAAAUCACAACAAUCUAAGGCCUUGCCAGGCACUGGACGCGGCAGGGAACCAAUGUAGCCCGGGCCCCGCAGUGGGACGGACCCUAAACUCCGAGCCCGGCCAGGUGCAAGGCGGAGCGCCUACACCAGGGGGCAGUGACGGGCUGCCCGACCCAUUGGUGGGUGCCUGGCUGUGCAGCGCCCCCGGUCCAGCCCCACUGGGCGCAGUGGGGCGUCCCGGCGCUACUGAGGAGGGUCCGGAAGUGGCUUAUGGCCCACCCACCCCGGUGUUCACACGAUACGGGCGCCUGUCGCGCCCAGUGGCGCCUUUCAGCAAUGGAUGA